GUUACCCUCCACCACACGGUUUGUAACUUUCAUUCACCUUUAUUUCCGCCGCAAAGUUAUACUCACACCACAUUACCCAGCUCCCCUCCCUCUCUCUCUCUCUCGUGAGUGUGUGAUGAUCUAUGUAGUUGUUUGCAGUGAUACGGGGUAUAUCAGUUGCAACUCAGAUUAGAGGCAUUACCGUCUGGGGGGAGGGAAGCCUGUUCAUGAAUAUAGCUGAUAAAGGGGAACAGUAUCAACAUAGUAUCACUGUCAGAUUACACCAGCAAAUAGAGAUGAAAUACUGCUUUGAUAUUGAUAUUAGGAUAACUUAGGGGAUUCUGCACGCUUAUUUGAUAUGUUAGAUCGUCAUUAUAGUUUUUCAUUGCGUCGUCACGUAUCGUGUGGUGGGCCAGCCGAUGAUUUUGUGUUGUUUUCAAGUUUUAUUAGUGAUUGUUUGCUUGAUGAUUGAGGUUGGAAGUGAUCAGGUAGGGUUGUCGGAGAUUGAAGUGGUUAGCAGUGAGGGAUCCUGCUAUGUAAUCACUAGGUAACUACGUACGGUGCUUAGACCUGUAUUAGACAAGUACUAACAAUCUCCAAUACGUGGACUUUAUUAUUAUAGUGGGACUCUUAAUUGUGCUGGUUGUGGUGCUGUUAUAGAUUACAAUUUGUGUAGUUGAUUGUUGUAAACGACUUUAAUUUUCACAGGGUUUUAUAAUUAUUUCCCGGACAGUUAAACCCAAUUAAAUCUUAUACCUAUAAUCCUAUUAAUUUCUGAUGACGACCGUAAAAAGAUAAAGCAGGCUUGUUGUAGGCCUUAAAGCAGGUGUAAAAUUACUGUCCGUAACGGUUGUCAUUAUAAUUGUUCGUUGUCAUAACAAUCUACACAUUAUUUCGGGUCUCUCAAUUUGGAUUUCGGCUGUCACAAUUGUUUACUUAGCUGUUCAAUUUAAGCGUUAUUUACUUUUUCACCUCUCCGGUCGCGUCAACACGUACAUGCUGUAGUUUGUACCGCUCAAAUACUUUUGUCAUCGAAAAUGUGAACACAACCAUAACACAAAAUCAAGCAGAAACGGAAUGUCGUCCCUUCAAAACAGACUCCCUAACAAUGGCAGUUCUCCAAGUUCCACAACACUUCACAUGUGUUGCUAUUUUUACAAGUAUAAUGAGAGAAUGCCUGGCCACCAUGGUCCAUGGUCCAGAUAUCCGCCCUAGCGGCCGGAGACACCCAGUCUCAUCGUAUCACCUUCGUACUUCCAAUCAGCUUCACGCGCUGAGCCGGCUAUCACUUUGACAGCAUCUCAGAAGUGAGAUAUCAGUUGUGAGAUCCAAUCAGAAGUGAAAUUUCAGAUGUGAUAGCCAAUCAGAAGGAGGGGUAUUGUCACGUGGAGUGAGGUGGACGAUUGGUGUAUGCUUGUGGGCUAUUGAGUUUCACUGCACAGAAAGUUAUCCGUUCUUGAGCAAAUACUUUCAACAUUCCUCCAUCCUCGCCGUUUUUAUUAGUUUGUUUCCUGUUUGUGGAGCUGAGUACAGAGGUUUUAACUUAUAAGCCUUAUAUUUUUCUUUGAGUACGUUUUGUGUUUUCAAGAUUUGUGAAAACUUGCCGGCAAUCAAGCAGAGUUAUUGAGAACUGGAAGUGCAAGAGCUAAUCAGAGAAGAGCUAUCCAGUAUCUGACCCUUAACCCUAAACAUUGAUCCAGUGAGCUGUAAAACUGCGAUGAAAUUUGAAGUUGAACACGAAGAAACUGUGAAUUUCGAAGUGAAACAUGAACCCUGCAUGAGCUAUGAAGUGAAACAUGAACCGUUUUCUACCCUUGCACUGUGUAACAGCUCUAUCUGGAAACCACCUCGACCAGCACAACUUCAAGAUGACGCGGCAGUGGCCCUGAAACCCGGAGAAUCCCAACAGCUCCACCACAUGAAACCCCACACUACAGAGCAUGUCCCUAGAGAACUGGUCAAGGUACCACCUGGCUGUGACACUUUUACUCAGGUCUUCCCUGAGUGUUCCUUCUCCGAGGAACAGUUCGAGUACGUCUUGAAAGAGCUAGAGAACAGAGGUGAUCUUUCUGCCCUGGACCGCUUCCUGUCUUCUAUCCCCCCACAGAUAUCCGGUCAUCUAGAGAAUAACGAGUAUCUGGUGGCAGCUAGAGCCAUGGUCCGUUACCAGAAGGGGGAGUACAGGGAACUCUUCUCUAUCUUAGAGGAAAACAACUUCGCCAAAGUGUCCAGAGCACCACUACAACAGAUGUGGCACGACGCCCACUACAAGGAAGCAGAGAGACUGAGAGGACGACCUCUAGGAGCGGUAGAUAAGUACAGAGUGAGGAAGAAGUACCCUCUUCCUAAGAGUAUCUGGGACGGUAGCCAGAACAACCACUGUUUCAAAGCAUUCCCUACAGAGAAAGCUAGAACAAUACUUAGAGAGUGGUACAUUCAGAAUCCUUACCCCGCUCCAAAUAUCAAGAGAGACUUGGCUGAGGCUGCUGGACUUACUCCAACACAAGUGAGUAACUGGUUCAAGAACAGAAGACAGAGAGAUCGGGCAGCCAACUCUAAAAACAAGAAAGCUAUGCUCUCAAUAACUGGUAGUACCUGGAGACCAUUUGAAGUGUCCCCGAAUGUGGCAAUGACAGCAGAGUCCCCUCACUCUGCCCCCUCCUCCCGCCACCUCUCCUGUUCUCCUCUCGUCUCCCCUGUCUCUAUAGUCUCCCCGGUACCUCUCUCACCUGCUGUUACCUUGGUUCCUUCUCACAGUGUCUCACUUCAGGUUUCACCUGACGGCCUGUCCACAAGCUUUCUAAGUUCAGGACAACCAACACCCUGGCACUAUUCUCUAGCUGGACUCGCUCAACCUUCCAUAGAGACUCACACAUCAGCCGAACAAUGGACUCGAGGACUCGAAGCUGCAGGCAUUGCCCACUACACGCAACUCUCACAAGUCUCCAGCUCCCUUGCCUCGUACUUCACUCCGCUGGAAGUGAUCUCCCGGCCCUCCUCCCACCUCAUCCCCCUGCCAACUCACGCGAUUCCUAGUCACGUGUCAGCUGUGACGUCAGCAGGCGGCAACGUGACGUCACUUACUCAAGCUUCUCACGCGUUACCCCCACUUCCAAUCACACACCCUUGAGAGUUUCUUUCUACUUCUCUGAUACCGCGCAGUUCAGCUCUAAUUUAACCGCUUGCUAACGGUGGAUUUAGCGUUUUAGUUACUGUCGAUAUAGACAUAGGAAAUAACAGCUCACGUUAGCCUGAAAGCAAAAGAGAAAGGGAAAGUGAAGCUGCUAAGCCAUUAAAUGCUUUCAAGAUCAACUGUUUGGGAUAUCAGCAAAUGUAAAUUUGAAAUUGAUUGAUCUGUUUUCAAUUCAGUCCUUUAUGCCAUGAUGAAAUAAGUAAGGGUUAAGUUUAAACCUUAACUAUUACUUACUAUAUGCCGGAGAA